CACUUCCUGUUGUGUGAUACUAAGUUGUGGGUCUGAUGAGGAAAAGCUUUUGGGAAAGGCAAUGGCUGCUUCUUUAUCGGAAGAAACUGAAUUGAUGGAGAACCACGAGGAAAUUUGUUUUUUUUUCCCCACUGUGUGAGACAUCAGUUUAAGAAGGAGAGCAGAGCUGCUAGAUCAGAUGGAAAGUCGCAGAGAGCAGAUUAAGAGCUUGAGAAAGCAGCAGGUGAAGGACUCUGAGGCUGCUCGCCAAAGGAAUGCCAUGCUGCUGCAGGAUUUGCAGAAGAUUGAGGAUGAUCUCAGAGGAAGAUGGCUACCACACCCAAACCUCCUGGCUUUGGAGACAAGAUAUUGGGCAUCUGUGGAAGAGUCCAUCCCAGCCUGGGAGCACUUCCUCCUGGGUAAAGGUCCACACCCGACUGAUGGUCCAGAAGAGAGACCCAUGAGAGCCAAACAGAAACCCGGCACAGCCAAAGACCAUGGCCUACCUCCUCGGCCAAAACCCAAGACUGCUAGAUAGGUGAGAGGCAAUGCUGAUGGUGCUGCUGUAGCCUCAGAGGAGCCUUUGUUUGUCACAUGAUGCAGAAAAGUGGAGGUCAGUGAUUCUCCCUUCAAACUAAUUGAGCACUGACAAUAGUGAUGUGGGUAGAACCCACACCUGUGGUUUAUCUGAAUGGAUCAACACACUGCUGCUGAACAUCUUUCACAAACCUCAUGACCACAGUUGGAUACUGGUUGGAGGCUGCCCAGCUUUGGUGAACUGGUCUUUAAGUUAAUUCAGUGAAUGUUUGAGUGUUAUUUAACUGAAGGGAGAAAGAUUAAUAGAUGAUCAUACAGGCCUACUACCACUAGAGGGAGCCAGUGUUAUAGCAAAAAAAAAAUCAAUGUGACAUGUUAAACCUUUGAUUGAAAUAUUUCCACAGUGUGUUUGUUACAGUAUAUUAUUUGUAUUCUUAUUUAUAGAUUACAAGCUAUGUUUGUCUCUCAUUAUGACUGGUUAUGUUUAGUUCAAUUUAUUGUAUGCCAUUCUUUUAAAAAUAUUGCACUGACAGCACUGAAAUACUGUAAUCUUAUAGUUCACAAAUAAACCUGUCAAACAAAGCUUUUUAUUGUAAUUAUUCUGCAUUCUUAGUGUGUUUUGGAGGUUGUGGAGGAGACAGUUAGGUGAGUGU